AUGUGGAUCAAGCUACUGAUGCUCGUGGUCUUUCAUUGCGCAGUCGCACAAGAUGAUGUUCACAGACCAGAAGGGAGACAUGUAUCUUACCACGGCCCAGCGCUACGCAGUCAUGACCGGACGAGACGUAAAGCUGGACUGGGGCGAAGCGCGACCACCAAGAACCUGUGGCGAAAUGGAGUUCUGGUCUACCAACUGGACCCUGCAAUCCAGAGAGCAAGUGCUGCUGUGAAUGCCAUCAAUGCCGCAAUGAAGAUCUGGGAGCAGAAAACCUGCAUCCGCUUUAAGAAGAGGACCAACGAACAGGAUUACGCUUACAUCCACAUCGGCGCAGGGUGUACGUCACAUGUUGGUCGUAAAGGCAGCCGUCAGCUGUUAUCCCUGAAUCAUGGAUGUUGGCACACGCACGUGGUUGCCCACGAGCUGGGUCACGCCUUUGGCUUCUAUCACGAGCAGUCACGCGCUGACCGCGACACCUACAUCACCAUUAACUGGAAUAAUAUGAAUGAGCAAUCUAAGUUUGCCUUCAAGAAAUACCCUACAAACUCCCGUACGACUACGGAAGUGUUAUGCAUUACGAGGCGUACGCAUUCAGCAACAACGGCCAACCGACAAUGGUGCCUAAAACGGCUGGGGAGUCGUUUCGGUGGUCCGCUUGUCAUACAAGACAUCAAGAUGGACUGAUUUCAUGUAUGCAAAAUGGAGUGGUUUGCAACUACAGUUUUUUUUAGUUUUUGAACCAAACCUCAUAAACUGCGAUUUCCUUUGCACUUGCAUCACGCUUUGUCGAUUAAUUAUAUCUCAUGUUUAUUUAUGAAUUUGUAAACUAUAGAAGCAUUGGUGCUUAU